AUGGCUGAAUUGCAGCUCAUCACACCUCAUAGGCAGUUGAGUUUUAGUGGAGCCAUAGAUAUCUUACCAAUCUGUAUAUAUAAGAUUCACCGCGAAGAUCCUCGUUUCCCUAGUCUAGCGGGUCUGGAUGAAUUCGGCUCUCCAACUAGCGGCGGGCUGCAAGCUUCUCCGCCAUCACCAUGCGUCGAUGAUCUUCAUCGACCACACACUUCAAAAUCCUCAGACGUUGAUGUGGUCACCGACGAUGAUGAGAACGAAGAUGAAGAGGAUGAUGAUGGAACGGAGAGCAGCUCCCACGGUUCGUGCACGCCACCAGGUGGUGUUUCCUCAAUAAGCCAAACAUCAGUUCUCACAGCUGCCUGUGAAUCUGGAUCAUGGCCUUUUGUUGCUAACCGUUUAACUCUCUCCCCUGUUCUCAAGCCUCCAUUACGUGAUCUGGCUCCUGAUAAAUUAAGCUCAAUCGAAAACGCACCGUCCAGCUUCUCUCAUCAGCGGAUGGAUAGUAUUGCAUCCCUGGAGGAUGAACCCGUAACCGAGUCCCCAAGCAAGGAAAAUGUGGAUGGAGAGCACUCAACAACUGAUUUGGCAUCAUCUCCGGUUACGUCUACAGACGAUCGUUCACAUACACACGGAUCCCCAACUAAUGGUUUUAGCCCCGUUGCGACGACGCCUCCGUCGUUUACGGAGUCGGAACUAAACGUGCUGCAAGUAAGUCGGGGAUAG